AAUAAUAACAUAAAUAAGAGAGAAGUGAGUUAGCGUGUCAUCGUCUCCAUCUCCCUUUCAAAGUCGUCUCUUCCGAUCGACCGAUUCACUCAAAUCCUACAAUUAAUUUCAGUGGCUCGCAGCUCUUCAUCAAGGUACAAUUUUUUUAUGCUGUUUAGUGUUUAACAUCAAGUCCUUAUAGGUGCUGCCCGUCUGCCUUAUCGGUUCUGGUCUUUUAUUCAAUACUACAACUAAUGUAAUCAACAAACAGCAUCCAAACAUCACAUGCUUUUGGAUAAUUAAUGUUGAUACACACAUUUUCUUAAAAGAUCUACACAAAGCUCCAACUCGACACUUGUUAUGGACAACUUUCACCUCGAUAUCAAAUGGGAAGAUAUCACAUGCCCCAUAUGUUUAUCCUUCCCGCAUAAUUGUGUUCUUCUUCAAUGCUCUUCUUACAAUAAAGGAUGCCGGCCUUUCGUGUGCGGCACCGAUCAUCUACACUCGAACUGUUUGGACCGUUUCCAAGUAGCAAACAAAAUGUCACCCGGGUCAAACUCACUUUUGACUUCUGACGAGUCAACCGUAAUAAAUCCAGACGCCACUAGCAAACCAUUAUGCCCUCUUUGUAGAGGUGAUGUUACCGGUUGGGUUGUUAUAAAAGAUGCCCGCGUUAUACUAAACGAGAAAGAACGUUGUUGCGAAAAUGAAAAAUGCAUGUUUACCGGGAAUUUUAUUUCCCUUCGGGAACAUGCUGAGGUGGAACACCCUCAUGCACGCCCAUCGAAAAUCGAUCCCGCAAGACAAGUCGAUUGGGAUAAUUUUCAGCAGUCUUCUGAGAUUAUCGAUGUUUUGAGUACUAUACAUUCAGAAGUGCCACAUGGCGUGGUUUUGGGAGAUUAUGUUAUCGAAUACGGGGAUAACGGUUCUGGAGACGAGUUUGAAGAUUUUCCCGGUGCCAAUGGAAAUUGGUGGACUUCUUGUAUUUUAUAUCAAGUGUUUAGUAAGUUUAGAUGUUCUAGAAAUAGAAGACGUGCAAGAGUUACGGAAUCAAGGCGAGAUAGCCGUCGAAUGAGUUAUGAUACUUCUAAUUCUGAUGACGGCUCUGUGGUGUCUACGGAAUUUGCGGAUUACCGUGCUGAUGUGGCAGAAAAUGACUUUGUGACUAGGAGUAGGAUGUCCAGGGGUAGAACAGGUCAUCGCAGGUCGCGAAGACGUCCCUCUCGCUUCUAUGAUAAUUAGAUUUUCUUGUGGAUCUUUAGGUGGCCUGAAGACUUGGUUUGGAAGACAAGCAUUUAGAUUAAGACAAGCAUGUGAUCCUGUGUAGUGCUGGUUUUUGUUGAUGGUUUCGUGGAAUUAUGUUUUUUUUUUUUUUUUUUGAAAAUUCGCUCGUGGAUCACUGAAUAAAUCUAGAGACCCGUGUACAUUGAUUGGGGCAGUCUUUUAUUAUCGUCUUCUGAUUCCAAACUAAUGCAAGAACAUAUACCCAUCUUAGCUGUGGUGCAAGUUUUUAUUGUAUGAAAAUAUGAACAACAUUUUUUUGUUUUUA